AUGGGUCUCUUUUCCCGCAAGGAUAAGAGUCGUCGCGGGGACGCUUCCCUGCCCACCUCACAGUCCACCAACAGCUUCAACUCGUCCACAUCUCGCUCUGGAGUCAAAAGAGUCUCGGCAGGAAGCAUCACUCCAGCAAGCCCUCUCUCGCCAUUGUCGCCAACCAAGCUUCCCAAGAUGGAUCUCCCCCGUCCUCCUGACCCCCAGCUUGACCCCGCCGGCUACCUGCGCAACCUCGGAGCUGUUCGCGAGCGCACUAAGCUUGUCUUUGACAAGGUCAUGGACAAUAGUCUACACCAUUUUGACGUUGACAUGGCCAAGUUUCCCGACGUAGUCACUUUUGUCUCUGGCUUGAUCAAGAGAGAUUACGACGCGCCCUUCACCACAAUCCCCGGUCACGGCCGCUACCAGCACUUUUGCGUUGGCGGCCGUGAUCGUAUCGCAGACUUGCUAUCCACUUGGCCCUCCACUGUGGAUAACACGGAACGCUGCCGUCGCCUCAUCGACCUGUUCCUAAUCAGCGUCCUCCUCGAUGCCGGUGCUGGCACUUCCUGGAGCUAUAAAAGUAAUGAAAAUGGCAAGGUCUACAGAAGAUCCGAGGGCCUGGCUAUUGCGAGCUUGGAAAUGUUCAAAGCUGGCCUCUUCUCGGGCAAUCCCGAAAAUAAAUACCAAGUCGAUUUCCAGGGCCUUGCCAAAUUGACGGUCGAUCAAUUGGCUGUCGGUCUGCAGUCUAAACCUGGCAAUGCGCUCGCUGGCUUGGACGGCCGUACAGACCUUCUGCUCAAGCUGUCCAAUGCCCUCAAGAGCAAGGCCGAAUUCUUCGGCGAAACGGGCCGACCUGGAAACAUGGUUGAUCAUCUGCUUUCGCAUCCUUCCACACAGGCAUCUUCAAUUCUCAUUGUGCCGCUGCCCGUUUUAUGGAAUGUGCUCAUGUCCGGUCUGGCACCCAUAUGGCCCGAGUCUCGCACGUCUAUUGAUGGCAUCUCUCUGGGUGAUGCUUGGCCUUGCUCCUCGAUGCCUCAAGGAGCUGCCCCCUGGGAGUCCAUUGUGCCGUUCCACAAGCUCACCCAGUGGCUAACAUACUCGCUGAUGCAGCCCAUGCAGUCGUUGCUUAAUAUGCACUUUGCCGGCACUGAGCUUCUGACUGGCUUGCCCGAGUACCGCAACGGCGGUCUCUUCAUCGACAUUGGCGUGCUGACUCUGAAAAAGGACGAUAGUGAGCGUGGCCUGGAGAACUACUCUGACUACUGCCGCCGCACGGGCGUCAAGGGCGUCGAGGUAGCGCCCAUGUUCGAGCCUAGCGACGACGUCAUUGUCGAGUGGCGCGCCGCCACAGUCGGCCUCCUUGACCACUUGACCCUCGAGGUGAACAAGUACCUGAAGAAGGAGCUAGCAGGCAAUGAAAUGACACUGGCACAGCUCUUGGAAGCUGGUAGCUGGAAGGGUGGUCGUGAAAUCGCCGAAAUCAACCGGCCAAAUACAAAGGAGCCUCCCAUUCUCAUUGAGAGUGACGGCACCGUAUUUUAA